AUGAAGAGAUGCAGACGUAAAUUUAUAGAGGCCGCUCAACGUUAUAAUGAAUUAUCGUACCGUUCAAUAGUGGAUGAAGGUGAACGCAUGACUGCUUUGAAAAAAGCAUUAAUUUGCACCGUCCUGGCUUCAGCGGGACAACAACGAUCACGCAUGUUAGCUGCUCUGUUCAAAGGUGAACGUUGCCAGCUAUUACCGGCUUAUUCAAUACUUGACAAAAUGUACCUUGAUCAUAUUAUACGACGUUCGAAACUGUACUGCAACCUCAUGUGGGCUAGCAGGCCAGUGCGUGCGGAGGAGCGGAAUGCUGCUGCAGGGUCGGUAAGCAAGGUGAAGGCGAUUACUACUCGCCUGAAGGAACACGUUCUUUCGCCGGACAAGGUACCGCUGGCGGCUGCCAGUGAGCUUUUGAGCUUUGGCGGCGAAUAUGAGGCGAUCUUCUUCGUCCUGGUGGCUGAAAAUGCUCGCCUUAGAGGACGCAUUGAGGAAUUAGGGAAAGGCGGUGGAUAUUUUUAUCCGCCACUUGCUUGGGCGGGGCACCCGCAACAACGUCAGCAAAAGCCAGUGGAAACAUGGUUUGAGGUUGUCUGUG